UUUGAAUCAUUUCUGGUAGUCUGAUUUUAUUAUAACCACACAUUGCCGACAUGGCUGCAUUGCGUUAUUUUUCACAAAAAAUACUUAAUAAACAUAUAAAACUACCCGCAAAAGUGCAAUUAAACAGUGUAUUUGUGCUACAGAAUCGUUUGAAGUCCACAUUUCAGUAUGAUAACACAAAAGAUCCCGCGCCGUUGUUCUUCAACAAACAAAUCCAAGACCUCCUCUACACGCUAACCAGAGUAGACCUCAGUAAAGUCUACAGCAAAAGAAAACAAGGCACAAGUCAUCUUGCCCAACCAGUCUACAAAUUUAUGACUGAUGAUCAACUGCAGGAAGCUAUCCAGGAAGCAAAAGAUGCAGUCAAAGACCUCAUUCAAAUGCCCCCUGUGGUAAUGCCCAGAGUACCAAUUGACACCAUCCUCAGCAAAGAUCCAGCUCUCCAAGGUAUGGACACAGCCAAAUUUGUUUUCACUGAUAUCACUUAUGGUAUCAGCAAUGCAGACCGACUUAUCAUCGUGCGUGAUCUGGAUGGAACUCUCAAAAAAGUCGAUUGGGAUGUGCGUGAUCGCAUGAAUCAGGUGUAUUUCCCACUUCCGGGGCGUGAAAUUCGCAUGCCAAAGAUGUUUGAAGAGCACAACUUGAAAUCUCUAUUAGAUAGAGGAGAAUAUGUGUUUAUUUUGGACAGAGCAUGCCUUCAAUUCGAACCGGACGAUCCAGAAUAUCAUCGAAUCACCGAAGCUACUUAUCUGUAUGUAAAUGAACACGAUGGGUUUAAAGCGUUGAGAUCUACAAGACAUUUUGGCCCAUUGUCUUUCUAUUUGUGUUGGUUUAAAAUGUGUGACAACUUGUUGAUGGAGUUAUUGGAAACUGGAACUAUUGGCGAGGCGAUUUGUUUGGUCAAGUUAUACACACAAAUGCAUAAAAUAACUCUGGAAGGUGAAGAUGAUAUGCUAGUAGAGAACUACAUCAAAGAACACGCCUCGAAACGCGGAGCUUUAGAAUUAGCACUUCAGGCGUUUAGAGAACUCGAUCGGGAACGGAGACAACUCGAAGAGGGAAUUAAAGUUGCGCAUGGACAUUGAACUAGUUAAUUUUUAGUCUUAUAAUAUAAAUUUUCAUGAAAACAA